AUGAUCUCCGCCACCAGCCGUCCAGAAGGUGCACCAAGCCAGCCACAAGCUGUGACAGCACCACCAGCCUCUCGUGUUGUCGUCAAGCCCGUCCCCAAGGCGCAGCACGACGAUCCUCGAACCUACCAGCUCAACCAGCUGCGGAAACGGUACUCACCAAAAGAGUCCACUGUGGACAAUGGAGCUGCCACAUCGCUGGUUUUUAAGCUGGCGCCGUCAGAUCCAGACUUCCCCUUCGAGCUGGACCACCUAGAGUGCGACCUCAGGGUGCCCAAGAACUAUCCCAAGGAGGGCUCACCCCCGAGACUGACCGUCUUGAACAAGGACAUGCCUCGAGGUUUUGCCAUCAAUGUCGAGAAGGGUUGGAGUCAGCUCGUGGAAGAGAGGAAAGGAGCAACACUUCUGGCGCUGACGAAUGCUCUGGACAAGCACCUUGAGGCCUUUCUCUCGGAGCAAAAGGCUGAGACGGUCAAGGUCACCAUCUAUAAGGACACCAGGCAUAUCAGCGCCGCUGCUCCCGAUGUGCCCCAGCUGACUUCUCAAUCGGCGUCAUCUGGGCCCGUGUCUGUGCCUGUCAGUGUUCCUGUAGCGCCUAGCAGACCCUUUACACAAGAAGAGACAUACACGAAGGAGCAGAUUGCCGAGGCGAAGGCUAGGCGGGCCCAGGAAACGAGGCAGAUCGAGACGCGGAUGGGUCGGCUUUCUCACUACCAUAAAUCGAGCGACGGCAUAGUCUACACGUUAUCACUUGAACCGAAGCGCCGCUCAGAACUUCCCGCCGGCCUGCGUGGUGUCAACUCGCUGCAGCUGAUCGUGCCAAUCCUGUACCCGCUACAGCCACUGCGCAUCUUGCUCAACGACGCCGACUCCGAAGAUGCCGAGCCUGUUGAGGAGCUAUUCGCUGAGAAGGCGAGAGAAAAGAAGGAGCUGACGCUGAUGAGCCACGUCAAUCUGCUGACCCAGAGCAUCCACGUCCUGGCCAAGCAGGCACAGUCUCGCCAAAAGUCUGUAAAGCCAGUCGCUCAGGACGCAGAGGAGGCGACUGCUACCGUCUCCACUGAAGAUGAUGCUGCCAAGAUAUCAGAUGCCAUCGAGACUGGGAAGGGCAAUGUGCAAGUCAUCCCUCGGCCUCCCGAAUGGUACACGGACGCCGAGGCCGACCACACGGGCGAGGACUCGUAUGAGUCCACAGACUCAUCAGAAGACGAAGAGGGAGGCGCCGCUGUGUCUCCUGAGCAGCAGCCCUCUGCAUCGAGCCUACCGUCGCAAACAUCCGAGCGGGGAACAGCCAUAUCAUUCCCCUCGGUUGAGCUUCACGGUAUCGAACUGCUUCAGGUCUCGAUUCUCUCGAUCGGCGUGAAGUGCGAUCGCUGCAAGACCAUCAACGAAAUCGGUGGUCUCAAGCCCAACACCGCCAAAACGAACGAGUCCUGCCGCAAGUGCGCCACGCCAUUUACGGUCACGUUCCGCCCCGAGCUCGUCCACGCCAGCUCCACACGAGCCGGCUUUCUCGAUGCUACGGGCUGUACCGUCUCGGACAUGCUCCCGUCCACUUUCAUCCCCACGUGCGGCAAGUGCUCGACACCCACGGCGCAGGGCCUCGUCGCCGUGCGGGGAGACACCACGACCAACGUCUGCCGUGAAUGCCACGCACGUUUCACCUUCAAGAUCCCCGAGGUGAAGUUUCUCGCGUACAGCCCCGGCAGCGGUGUCUUGCCGCCCACUUCUGGGCCCCGGCGCCGCCAGGAGAAGCUUGGUCUACAUGCUGGCGAGCCGCUUCCCAACAAGGGCGCGUGCAAGCACUACCGCAAGAGCUACCGCUGGUUCCGGUUCAGCUGCUGCAACAAGGUUUAUCCGUGCGACCACUGCCAUGAGGAGGCCGAGGACCACAUCAACGAGUGGGCGAACCGCAUGAUCUGCGGCUGGUGCUCGCGGGAGCAGAACUACGCCGUGACCAACUGCACCUUCUGCGGGCGGAGCGUCGUGGGCAGACGCGGGCGAGGCUUCUGGGAGGGCGGCAAGGGCACCAGAGACCAGAGACUCAUGUCGAGGAAGGACCCGAGGAAAUACAAGAGGAUCGGGGGCGUGGAGACGAAGAAGGGCGAGUAG